AAAAAAUAUCAGUUACUACGAAAAAACUAGACAUCCACAUAUAAAAAUACCAACAUAUCAUCUUCACUGUAUAGAUCCAAUAUACAGAGUGUGCCUGAGGUUAUAGAUGUUCUCUGUGUCUUCGCGAAGAAGCACUAUGAGAAAUGAAAGAGGAGGGGUGAUUAGGGUGGGGGUGACAGAGGGAGAAGUGAUUUUCCAACGGUCGUCAGCAUAGUAGUGCAUGCGCGGCGCGUCGCGACGCGGCGCCUCGCGGAGAAAAAGUAAGAAGUAGUAAUUUCCUCUCUUCGGUUUCUUCCCGUGCGUUUCUCCUCGUAGACAUCGGAUCUGUGCUACAUUCUUACACGUUCCCUCAUUCUUGUUCGUUCAAAGCGUGGAACAUUCUUUUAUUUCCUCCUUUUCUGUCAAACUUUGUGUUUCUUUUGAUGUCUUCUUCUUUUUUUAUCUUACAAUGUACAUAUACGCACUUACUAUUUUUCCCCACUUCUCUCACGCCCGUUUCCUAUGUGUUAGAGUGUGUUAAAGAUUUUUAACGGUGUCGGUUAAAUUAUUCGAUCGCGUUUUCUCGCUUUUCGAACCAGAGAAAAAAGCUCACCGGGAGCUGCGCGUGUAUUUUCGUGCGUCAGGGUCUCGUGUUGGUGGGUCACGCCGCGCAAGAGCUAAGAGAGGCUGCUGUUUCUUCUCGCUUUAUCUUCAAAGACUUUUCAUAUUUUUUUUUCAAUCUUUUUUUUUUAAAUUCAGUUUUUCGUUAAUACAUGUGAGACAGAUAUUCGAAUAUCGUCUUUUUUUUUUCUUGGUUUCUUUUGGCAGUCUCUCGUCGUCCUCGGUGUGCAGCAGCGGCGACAAGCGGCAGCACCCAGUAACACACUGCGACGAGCGGGCGUCCGUGACACGAUCCAGGAGAAUCGAGCGAUCCGUUUGUUCGUGGUUGCAAGUAUACGAGUGCUCCGAAACGCGCGAAUAAAUGUGUCGGUCACGGUACAAGACGUGAAGCGGGGGAAUAUACGGCAAGUGAGUAUAUUUUUAGUAGCAAGCGCCAAGCGCUAAGGCAGAGUGGUAUAAACGGCGCGCAGUGGCCUGAUGAAGCGGCGUAUGUGACAUCAAAUUUCUCUCUCUUGCCACCUCGACGAGACACCGAGACAUCUUGCAGACUAUCAGCGCGCGCUAUUGGUCCUCCAAUUUCCUGGAGGCCAGUGGUGUCAGUGACACCAAAAAAUAAUACGAGUUGCUAGCGUGAAGAAGUAUAGUAAAGUUGGCUUAAGCCAACAUCGGUGGAAAAAACAAAAUGGCAACAAUAGAUGGCAGACCGACCCAAUAUGGUAUCAGUCUUAAGCAACUUCGUGAGCUCAUGGAGCUCCGAGGACGUGAAGGUGUCACUAAAGUCAAUAGCUAUGGUGGUGUGCAGGAGAUUUGUAAAAAAUUAUACACUUCACCUAGUGAAGGUCUCAGUGGAUCAGCAGCUGAUAUUCAACAUAGACGAGAUACAUUUGGUUCCAACCUAAUACCUCCAAAACCACCAAAAACAUUUCUACAAUUAGUGUGGGAAGCUCUUCAAGAUGUUACAUUAAUUAUCUUGGAAGUAGCAGCAUUGGUUUCAUUAGGUCUUAGCUUUUAUCAUCCAGCAGAUGAUGAAGAAAAACCUUUAAUAGAUGAAGAUGAAGCAAAAUAUGGUUGGAUAGAAGGAGCUGCUAUAUUUAUUUCUGUGAUCUUGGUGGUAAUAGUAACAGCUUCCAAUGAUUACUCUAAGGAAAAACAAUUUAGGGGCCUCCAAAGUCGUAUAGAGGGGGAACAUAAAUUUUCUGUCAUUAGACAAGGAGAAGUCAAACAGAUUUCUGUAGCUGACAUUGUUGUUGGUGAUAUAUGUCAGAUAAAAUAUGGAGACCUGCUGCCAGCAGAUGGUAUCCUUAUACAAAGCAACGAUCUCAAAGUGGAUGAGUCCAGUUUAACCGGAGAGUCAGACCAUGUUAAAAAAGGAGAAUCGUUCGAUCCCAUGGUACUCUCAGGUACACAUGUGAUGGAGGGUUCUGGAAAAAUGUUAGUUACUGCAGUAGGCGUUAACUCGCAGGCUGGUAUUAUCUUUACUUUGUUGGGUGCUGCUGUUGAUCAACAAGAACAAGAAAUCAAGAAAAUGAAAAAAGAGGCUAAGAAGCAGCGGAAGAAGAAGUCAUUAACAGACGAAGAAAUAACUGGGAACAGCCAUGUGAGCGCAGCCAAGCCCGAACCUGCGGAGAACCAUCAUGCAGUUAGCCACGCACCUGAAGGAAAGAAGGAGAAGAGUGUUUUACAAGCCAAGCUAACUAAACUCGCCAUACAAAUCGGUUACGCCGGCUCGACCAUAGCAGUGCUUACCGUUAUCAUUCUAGUCAUUCAGUUCUGCGUUACCACAUUUUACGUGCAGGGGAAAAGUUGGAAAAAUACGUACGCUGGUGAUCUGGUGCGGCAUUUGAUCAUUGGUGUAACGGUACUUGUAGUUGCCGUUCCCGAAGGUCUUCCUCUAGCUGUUACCCUCUCCCUCGCUUAUUCCGUUAAGAAAAUGAUGAAAGACAACAACUUGGUGCGUCAUUUGGAUGCUUGUGAAACGAUGGGUAACGCGACGGCAAUCUGUUCGGACAAGACUGGUACCCUGACAACCAAUCGAAUGACCGUUGUUCAAUCGUACAUAUGCGAAAAGAUGAGUAAAAUAACCCCGCAGUUUUCGGAUAUCCCGUCGCAUGUCGGAAACUUAAUGGUUCAAGCUAUUUCUAUUAAUUCGGCGUACACAUCCAGAAUAAUGCCUGCGCAGGAACCUACAGAUUUGCCGCUUCAAGUCGGCAAUAAAACCGAAUGUGCCUUACUUGGAUUUGUAAUAGCCCUGGGCAUGAACUAUCAGACGAUACGAGACGAUCAACCUGAGGAAACUUUCACGCGGGUGUACACGUUCAAUAGCGUUAGGAAGAGCAUGUCCACCGCCAUCCCGAGGAAAGGUGGUGGAUACAGGCUCUUUACCAAGGGCGCUUCCGAGAUCAUCAUGAAGAAAUGUGCCUUUAUAUAUGGUCGUGAAGGUCAUUUGGAAAAAUUUACCAAAGAGAUGCAAGAGCGUCUGGUAAAGAACGUGAUCGAGCCGAUGGCGUGUGACGGUCUCCGUACUAUCUGCAUCGCGUAUCGCGAUUUCGUUCCUGGAAAGGCAGAGAUUAAUCAGGUUCAUAUCGACAACGAGCCGAAUUGGGAUGACGAGGAAAAUGUCGUGAACAAUCUCACGUGUUUGUGCAUCGUGGGUAUCGAGGAUCCGGUACGGCCCGAGGUGCCGGAAGCUAUCAGGAAGUGUCAAAAAGCAGGCAUCACUGUGCGAAUGGUGACUGGAGACAAUAUAAAUACUGCGCGUUCCAUUGCAUUGAAAUGUGGAAUUUUGAAACCGAACGAAGAUUUCCUGAUCCUCGAAGGGAAAGAGUUCAACAGGAGGAUUCGCGAUAGCAGUGGCGAGGUACAGCAACAUUUGUUGGACAAAGUGUGGCCGAGGUUAAGGGUGUUGGCUAGAUCGUCACCUACAGACAAGUAUACACUCGUGAAAGGCAUAAUCGAUAGUAAAGCGAGCGUGAGUCGCGAAGUUGUUGCUGUAACCGGUGAUGGAACGAACGACGGCCCUGCUUUGAAAAAGGCUGAUGUCGGUUUUGCCAUGGGUAUAGCUGGCACCGACGUCGCCAAGGAAGCUUCCGAUAUCAUCUUGACGGAUGAUAAUUUUUCGUCGAUCGUGAAGGCAGUUAUGUGGGGUAGAAACGUCUACGAUAGUAUAGCAAAGUUCUUGCAGUUUCAAUUGACCGUCAAUAUCGUCGCUGUUAUAGUUGCUUUUAUCGGGGCAUGUGCCGUGCAAGAUUCCCCUCUUAAAGCGGUGCAGAUGUUGUGGGUGAACUUAAUCAUGGACACAUUAGCAUCUCUUGCAUUGGCCACCGAAAUGCCUACGCCUGAUCUUCUUCUUCGUAAACCCUAUGGUCGCACGAAACCGCUCAUUUCCAGGACAAUGAUGAAGAACAUUCUUGGCCAAGCUAUCUAUCAGUUGACUGUAAUUUUUAUGCUUCUUUUCGUUGGUGAUAAGAUGCUCGACAUCGAAACAGGCCGAGGAGUUGCGCAGGCUGGUGGCGGUCCAACGCAACACUUUACUAUUAUCUUUAAUACAUUCGUCAUGAUGACACUUUUCAACGAAUUUAACGCUAGAAAAAUCCAUGGUCAGCGUAAUGUCUUCCAAGGAAUAUUCACCAAUCCCAUCUUUUACACUAUCUGGAUCGUGACAUGUCUAUCGCAGGUAGUUAUCAUACAAUAUGGUAAAAUGGCGUUCAGCACGAAAGCUCUCACAUUAGAACAAUGGAUGUGGUGCCUAUUCUUCGGAGUCGGUACUCUAUUGUGGGGCCAAGUAAUUACAACUAUUCCUACGCGCAAGAUUCCUAAAAUCCUUUCAUGGGGCCGCGGCCAGCCGGAUGAUAUCAGUGCGAUCAAUCUAGGAGAUGAGAAAUUCGACCCUGACUCGGAUAAAAAGCCGCGCGCAGGACAAAUUCUAUGGAUCCGUGGUCUAACACGACUACAGACACAGCUUCGAGUAAUCAGAGCGUUCAAGUCGACUCUAGAAGAUUUGGAGGAGCGUCGCUCUGUCCAUAGUUUACACAGCUUACACAGUAUGCGCAGUUCACGCAGCCACACUGGGCCCCGACCACUUUCUGACUUCACAUACAUUGACGAAGACCCGACAAACAGUGCGCUGAACGCCAGCAAGGGCAAUUUGCCGAACAAGACCGCCGAGGAUCAUACGACCGCCAGGAUGAACAGCUCUACGUCACCAUUGUUGCUCAGCGUUACGGGAUCAGGCAUCGCGUACAACCAUCAUAAUACCACCAUAAACACCAUCAAUGACAAUAGAUCCUCGUCCAAUAGUGCCCUAAACCAGGCCCAACAACCCAACCAUACGCAGAUGCAGAGUAGCAACAACAGAGACAGCAACACAGGAAACUCCCUGCUUCUCAGCUCCAAUAAUUUGGCCAUCCCGGAAUUGACGAAGCUCGUGCAUGAAACCAGCAUUUAAAAGGCAGCUUUGCGUGUCACCACUGUACACCAUUAAACUUCCCAUUUUUUUUCAUUAUUAUAUAUCCCUCUCAUUUCUCUUCCUCUUACUCUAUAUAUUGUCUGAAUCAUUUUUGUUUGUUGUACUUUUCUUUUUUUUUUUUUUUUUUAUGUUUACACCUUCUCUUUAAUCUCUUUAUCUUUUUACUUUUUUUUAUCAUCACGUCUAUUGUCAUCACUGCUAUAUUUUCAUUUUCACAAUCAGAACACAGUCUAUCUUCAGUUGUAUACCAUUUGCUAUUUGUGUUUCUUGUUCGAGCUCCUUCGCGCGACAAAUAUUAUGGGUUUUCUUGUCCUAACAACUUACUUAUAUAUUGAUUAUUUUAAAUGAUACUCAUUGAUGUAUGA